GAUCUUAACUAUAGUCUAUAUAAGACAGGGUCUCUCCCCAAGCCAGGAACCUAAGAGAAGAGAGAUCUUUCUGCCUAUUCCUCUCAGCUUUGGAAGCCAACUCUAAAAGCUUUGACAUGUCUCUAGCCGGUAUUCUGACCGAUGCUGAGAUUGCAGCAGGCCUGGAAAGUUGCAAAGCCCCGGAUUCGUUCAACUCCAAGACCUUCUUUGCCAAAUCAGGCAUGCACGGCAAAUCGAAGGAUCAGCUGACAAAAGUGUUUGGCAUCCUCGACCAGGACAAGAGCGGAUUCAUUGAGGAGGAUGAACUGAUGAAAUUCCUGCAGAACUUUAAUACAUCUGCCCGACUUCUGACUGAGAAGGAGACCAAGGUUCUCCUGAACGCAGGUGACACUGACGGAGAUGGCAAAAUUGGAGUUGAUGAGUUCAUAGCCCUGGUUACUGCUUAAAGUGGACAAGAGGAAGACCAAGCUGAUUAUAUUGUAAAACACUCUUUCUUACUGCAAGUUGACUAUUUCUUUAUACCUUUUUUUACAGUGAAACAGCAUUAACAGUUGCCAGUAUCUUGUUUCUUCUUGUUGGAGAAUUGUGUUAACUCACAAGCGCUCCCUGUUUGAUCUUUAUUACUGUCUAGUCUUGUAAGUUCGUAAUGAAAAGUGGCUCAACAUCCGAGACAAAGUUGGAAGCCUUCGGAGUGGGACUGUGAACUUUGACGUUUCAUUUGCAGUAGGCGCUGUUAUUAGGAAGACUCUGUAAAAGGGAGAUUUCAAAGAGAUCUCCGAAUCAAAGGUUAGCCGAUACAAAAACGAUAGAGGACAAGAAAAAUCACAUUGAUUUUUUUGUUUCAACAAAAAAGCUUAAAAGGGAAUGCUCUGACUGGUCUUAGCUUUACAUAACCAGCUUCACAAAAUGCCUUGCUGUACAAAAACUGGUGGAAUUGUUCAUUCAUACCUAUAAAGUGACUUCAUCUUUCACAAUU